ACAAUAGACAUAAUGUACCCGAAGAGUUUAAGAAAUGAGACUUUACGACGCGAGGAACCUGUAACUACAUAAAAUAGAGUAUUGCCUCUGCAUUCUGUGAAGGGACUAAGAGAAUCAACAGAAACCUCACGCAGGGUGACCGGCCGAUGUUUGUAAAUACAAGUCAGAAGCGUUAUCCUCAGGGCUAAAAUGUUCAGUCCAGAAAAUGAGCAUGGAAUUCUGCCCUUCCUUAAGGAUGAUCCAGAAGACUGUCGCUCCGAUGUCGAAUGUCCGAAUCGUAGUGUUGCUGUGCUGGUGUCUACUGGCGCAAGUGACUAGUGUCCCAAUUCCCACACGCCCAGAGCUUCCUCCUUCAUCAGCGCUGAAAUUCAUGAAGCAGUUUGGCUACUUAGAACAGGGCACACCUGAUUCUGAAGCCCUGUACAGCGAAGAAGCUAUAGUAGAAGCCAUAAAAAAUGUUCAAAAAUUUGGUGAUAUUCCGCAAACAGGAAUGUUAGACAACGCAACUCUUCAGUUAAUGGUGGCAAAACGCUGUGGAGUCCCCGACAUAGUACGUCACAAGGGGGAGAGAAGAAAAAGAUUUAUUGUGGGAGCUGAAGGGUGGAAGAAACGAGAUAUCACUUACUUUGUUGCUAACUGGUCACCAAAGCUGUCUGAGGAAGAUGUGGUAAAUGAGAUGAAGAAAGCCUUCAAAGCAUGGAGUGGAUAUGCAAGGCUCAAUUUCCAUCAUACUCAAGAUCCCAAUGCAGACAUUACAAUAGCAUUUGGGAGGGGACCUCAUCAAGAUGGGUUUCCUUUUGAUGGACCUGGUAAUAUAUUAGCUCAUGCCUUCUACCCAUAUGAAAUGGACAGUUAUGGUGGCGACAUACAUUUUGAUGACGAUGAAGACUGGAAGAUUGUAAUGAGCGCAGAUUCAGAUGGGGUAGACUUCUUUACUGUAGCAGUACAUGAACUGGGUCACAGUCUGGGUCUAGCUCAUUCACCAGUCUCAACUUCCAUCAUGUUCCCUUACUACAAAGGACAUGAGAACAACUUCCAACUUGGUUAUGAUGACAUUCUUGCUAUGUACGAGCUUUACAUUGCAAGACACUUAGCAGGGGAAUAUGAGAAAACAGCAGGAAAUGAUGAGCAUGAAGGAACAGAUGAUUCUGAAGAAGGAAGGAAUAACAAUGAAGACAGUGAUGUGAACACAAGGUCUGAAGAUGAUGAUAAGACAGAAACAAGUGGUGAAGAAUCACCAGGCAGUAGAUACCCAUUAUCCCCUACCAUACCGACAACAGAUGACUCUAUAACAUUUACUGGGGAUGAUGAAACUGUUGAAGAUCAUAAGGGUCAUGAUGACAAACACAGAAUUCCAACAUCAUCUUCACCAUUAACACCAGACAUAUGUGAAGGAAAUUUUGAUGCUGUAGCUGUUCUUCGAGGAGAACUGUUUAUUUUUAAGGAAGAGUACAUGUGGCGUUUGACUCAACGUGGGGAAGUGCAAGAAGGGUAUCCUGUGCAAUUCCGACAACUCUUCUGGAAACUUCCAAAAUAUAUUACAAAAAUUGAUGCAGCCUACCAACGGGAAACAGAUGGAAGCAUUGUACUCUUUACAGGAAAGAAGUUCUGGGUAUAUAAUGGUGACAAUUUUAUAGAAGGGAGCCCUAGGCCAUUGACAGAUUAUGGUUUACCAGCGUACAUUGACAAAAUAGAUGCUGUUAUGGUGUGGAAUAAGAACAGCAAAACAUUCCUGUAUAGUAAGGACAUGUAUUGGAGAUACAAUGAGACAACACAAAGAAUGGAUCCUGGAUACCCCCAUAAUAUUAGCAGGUGGAGUGGAGUUCCUCCUGACUUAGACGCUGCAAUGACAUGGACGGAUGGUUUCACCUACUUCUUCAAAGGAAGAUUAUUUUGGCGAUUUGACAAUAUCAUGAUCAGGACUGAUGAUCAUUACCCUUUACCUGCACCACAACACUGGGUUGGUUGUCCAGAGAAGCCAGACACUAUUUGGUGGUGACAAGUGUAAAAUGGUGAACUAUUUAUUUUAAGGCAAGAGGACUUGCAAAGAACACUGGAAUCUAUAUUAAAAUAUAGAAGCACAUGCAACUGGAUAUGAAGUGUUUUAGCAAGUACUGAAGUAAUAACCUGGGGACACUGGUUUCUUGUUAGUGUGGUGAAUAUGGCUGCACAAUUAAACAUCUCACUCAUCACAUAAAUAUGGAGUAUGUAAUUUGUCAUAUAUUUUUAUGAAUAUGUGGUUCUAAAGACACUUCCAAUAUUAUUUAGACAUGUACAGUUUGAGGUUUAGAGUGUAAGCCAUGAUAAAUGUUGAGUAUUAUGCAACAUUUCGGCAAACACUACAGUUGCCUUAUAUAAGGCUGUUCUACCGUUCCACCUGUCAGCACCAUCAAAUCUAACUCUCCACCUACUGCCUGCCUAAACAACACUUCCAGAACUUGCCUGACUACACAUUGCAAUGUUUGCUGAUAUGUCGAUUAAUACUAAACAUUCAAUGCAUCUCACACACAAAAGCUGAAGUCAUACACUAAACACCAGACAUGAGAAUCUAAGGACAAGAAUUAUUUAAUCAUCUCUGCUAUAACAGUAUUGACGAUGAUAAUGUGGAAGUGUUAAAGAUUUGGAACUGGAUCUACUGUAUUUCAAAGUUUGAGGAAACUGACUUGCAUUUAGCAGCAUCAUUUGACAGGAUAAGGGAAUCUGACCUUAUUUUCAAAGCCAUAGUACAAGUACUUCAAAAUUUCUUAAGUGACCACAGUUUUAUUGAGAUGUCACGAUAAACACCUUAUGUGGUAACUACUUUUAUAUCAAAUUGAAAAUUACUGAAGUUAAUAGCAAUGUAGUAUUAAACUUUUGCUGUAGCUCCAAUUCAUACGCAAUAUAUAUCAUGUGUUUAAACUGACAUUUUAUAGAAUAAGUUUGAUUUAAACUCUUUUGCUAUUUUGAAUAUAUUUGUUAAUCUAAAUAAAAUUUGGUAUCUUAACAGA